UAUAUGAAAUAUGCUACUGAUAUAUAAGGAGUUUUCAAGAGGAAUAGGUUAUUUAGAGCCUAAUAUUCCUCUUUUUACACAGUUAAUCCUCUGAGGGUGACAUUAAGUUACCUGUGGAGCAAUAAUUGUGAUGGUGAUUAACUCCAUCUGAUUAUCAGAUACCUCUCAAAUCACCAGGAAGUGUUCCCUGAACACAAGGAGCCCAUGGAUGGGCCCCCUCAUUGGAGCUCUUAUCGGUGGAGAGCUUUAUUAGAAGCAUGCCUGAAGGAGGAGGGGCCACUCUUUCUUUCCUGUCAGGGUCGAGUCAGCUCCAAAAUGCAGCAGCUAAUCCUGCCCGUUCUCCUGGCAUCCUUUUGGACCAUCUGCACAGGAUCAGGAGAUUGGUGCUAUCAGUCCCAGUUCACCUGCGAUCAUCAGUGCAAUGCACCAGACAAGUGGAACCACGUCCAAAGCAACUGUGGUGGAAACGCCCAGUCGCCCAUCAACAUCGUCACCAGGAAGACUUUGAAAGAUGAGCGAUUGACUCCUUUUGAGUUCAACAACUAUCAGCAGAUCUUCAGAGACACAAUCAAGAACAACGGCCACUCGGUUAAGGUUGGAGUUCCUCACCUCAGCACCAUCUCAGGUGGAGGACUCCCGACCACCUACAAAGCUGUGCAGUUCCACAUGCAUUGGGGCAACAAAGGAGGGCCCGGCUCUGAACAUACCAUCGAUGGAGAGCGGUAUCCCAUGGAGCUGCACAUCGUUCACAUGAAGAACGAAUACACUGAUCUGGCAACAGCUCUAUCAGACCCAGAGGGAGUUGCAGUCCUUGGGUUCUUCUAUAAGACGUCCAAUAGUGCAAACCGAAAGUAUGACCCCAUCACCAACGCUCUGCGAAGCAUCAAAACUACAAAUAGCAAUACUUCUCUGCCUUCCGUCUCCCUGGCACAACUAAUCCCAGCUGAGCAGAAUCUGACCAGCUUUUACCGCUACAAGGGCUCUCUGACCACCCCAGGGUGCACUGAGGCUGUAAUUUGGACUGUGUUUGAGAAUACCAUCCCUCUGAGCAUGGAUCAGCUGCGGGUGUUCUCUGAGCUUCAGUUCCACGAUGGAAAGCCGAUGGUGGGGAACUUUAGGCCGGUUCAGCCCCUGAACGGUCGGAAGGUGUUCCGGUCGGGAGGCGCAGUGAUCCUGGUCAGUUCCACCCUCCUCCUGGCCGCCAUCGCCACGGCCUUGGGACUGUCCCAACCCAACUAGAGCGGGGCAUCCUGUGCUGCACUGCGACAUCCAUGAACACAAUAAGUUCUGUAUCACUCCUCAGCUCAACCCUGGUUUGUAACUUCUUCAUUGCAUGGUUGCUAAGAUCGACCACGUCUUAGUGCAGACAUGACUCAUCUGGAGGUCCUCUCUUACAACACCAAUGACAAAGGCGUUAGAGGAACACCUUACGAAAGGUGUUGUAAGUGUUCGAUCAGCAUUCAUGCAUGCGUAAUGAAGCAGUAGGUCUUAUUUCAGCAUUAUGAAUGUGCCAUAAAGCUGGUUACCAAGCAGUCAAAGUGACAACAAAGUUCAAACUCAACACCAGAUCCCUUAGUCAUGCCUUCAUUUUUCACAGUGUCAUCCUACUAGCACCAGCACACACUUUGGACCACAUCCUCCUUGUCCAAUGUCAGGUAAAUUUAGUCUCUGCUUAAUGUUAUUGCGAGUUGCCAAUGUCAGCCCCAUGACCUGGCACGUUAUGUGUUGUUCUCAAUGGGGCAUGGGAACGGCAUGGAGCUAUUAAUAGCAGAACUGAGUCAAAUGAACACGCUCCAUUUCAAAGCCAGCGGUCAAAGGAGUCAGCAGUUUGGCUUUUCUUUCAAAGUCCAGGAGAACAGCGUGGCUGUCAGGUGAACCCCCACGCAGCCAUUCAGUCAGCAGUUGGUUCGGGAAAGGGGGGAGGGGUGUGAGGUCUUGCCUUUCUCUGCAGGAAUCCAGUGUCACGAGCAGAGCUGCAGUCUAUCUCCUCCCAGAGUCAGAGGCUACUGACACCUGAGAUAAAGAUGAAGUUGCAGAGAUGCUAAUGCUGAUAAAGGGAGUGACAGUCUGGUUUAGAGGGAGGAGGAAAGCAUCUGCAGGGUGGCUAGACAGAAACAUUUUUGAGAAUUAACCUGCAUAUAAAAUGUCACUCAUAUUUUCAAACCAACAUUAGUUUUCAUGCAUCUCAAACAUUUGCAUGAAUCUGCAUGUCUUGAUGUUCUAGAUGUUCAUAUUGAGCAACAUGUUCAUGGAGUGAAGCUGCGCACACAAAACUGUGCAUGCCAAAUUCAUACACACGCCUCAGGCACCCGUGAGGUUCAGUGAGCCUAUCUUGAGAACAUGUGACUGGGUUUAUGGCUUGUAUUACAGGGUCUCGGAUGCACUGAAUGUUAUUGACUGUGAAUUACAUCCCACUGAGUUCUUAUUCAUUUAUUCAGGAGGACUUGUUACGUAUUCCUGUGAGAGAUCUGUACAAUUUUCCAGCAAGAUUUAUUGAGAUGAUCAAGCAAGGAAUCUGUAUG